AUUGUGCAGAAUACAGAUUGCUCAUUCAAUUCCAUUGAGUGAAGCAUUUCUCUUCUAAUUUUCCUGUUAUCUCUGCUCUGCAAUCUUAUAUAUACCACAUGAAAACCACAUAGUCUAGAGCCCAGGCUGGAUAUUCAGUGCUACUCUUUCAUUAAUUUUUUUGAAAACAGUUUCAUUUACCAUGUAUUUGUACUCUUUCCAACCCAAUUAAAAUCUGAAGCUUCAGGGCCUAUUAAAGUUAGCAACUUUGGGUUCAGAUCAGAACCAACCGAGAGCUAGCUAAAGAUGGACAAACUUCCAAGUGAAAUCAUCAUCACCAUACUCUCAACACUACCCAUCAAAUCCUUGAUUUCUUGCAGGUGUGUAUGCAAAUCCUGGCUCAACUUAACCCAUGAUUCUCAACUCAUAACCACUCACCUCCAUCGAUCAUCUCAAAACGAGGACAAUCUCAGUAUCAUCUUUGUAAGUUGCAUCCUCAUCAACCCCACUCAUUUCAGAACUCGAUUAUCUUUCAUAGACAACAACUAUGGUGGAACAAAUGACAAUUACACUUGUGUAGAUCUAAACCUGUCAAUCCCAAACUUGAAUAAGUUUGAAGUACUUGGUUCUUGCAAUGGUCUACUUUGUUUAUUUGAUCCACUCACUAAAACCCUAAAAUACAUUUGCAAUCCUUGCAAUGGAGAGUAUGCACCUCUUCCUAAUCCCAUAAGGCCAUCACCAUCAUCAACAUCAACAUCAAGCCCUCUUCCUCUUGAAGUCGCGGUCGGGUUCGGAUAUCUUCCGCAAAGCAACGUAUACAAGGUGAUAGAGUUAGUUUACUACAGCAGUGCAAUCUUCAGUGGUGAUUCAAGGCCAGAGGCUCAUGUCCUCACUCUCGGUGACCGUUCAUGGCGCCAUAUAGGAAAUGCUCCUUUUUCACUCAUUCGCGGGUCGAAAGCUUCUCAAGCAUUUGUCAAUGGUGCUCUUCACUGGUUAAGUGAUAGCCCUGGUUUUGAUUGCAUUGUUUCAUUUGAUGUUGGUGAAGAACAGUUUGGAGUGGUUCCACAUCCUGAGUUUGAGUCAGGUCAACUUAACUACAGAUUGGGAGUGUUGAGAGGGUGUCUCUCAGCUGCAAACUACAGUUAUGCAGAGUAUGCUGAGAUGUGGGUGAUGAAUGAGUAUGGUGUGAAGGAGUCUUGGACUAGGUAUUUCAAAGUGAAUUGCAGUGAGGUUGGGUUGAGAAUAGGGUUUGUUCGGCCACUCUGUCGCCGGAGAUCUGAUGAGGUUUUGCUGUUACAUGGAAGCUCUAGUCUGCUGUGUUAUGAUCCCAUAACUAAGAGAUUGAAGGAGCUUAGUAUAGUUAGGUUACCACCUGCUUUCCAAGUGGUUACUCAUGUUGGAAGUCUAGUUUCACCUCAUAGUUUGUUAGAUUGUUUGGUUGAGGAGAACAAUGAGUGCACCAACUUGAAUGUUGAAGCUGUGACAGAAGAACCAACAAAAUAAUUUACUCCAAAUUGGUGAGAUGGCACCAUGAUUUGAAUGUUUGAGUAAAGUGAACAGAAUGAGGUUACAUUUUAUAUCACCAUCUAAGUCAUUUUUUUAUUUUUUAUGUUUGCUGCAUUGCAUGGACCAAAUAGGGACACGACUUAGAUGGUGCUAUAAGAUGGUUGUGAUUGGUGGAUAUUGUGAAAUCCACCAUUUUAUAUGAGUGAUGAUGGAGGAACAAUAUGAAAAUGUGAUAUUUUGUCAUGCGUUUGUGACAUAAACAUGUGGUGUCAAUGGGUAUCAAAUAAAUAAUUUUCUGCUUUUAUUAA